AUGAGAUUGCCUGUAAAUGCCAAAGAAUAUAUGACAGUGAGUCGAUGGUAUUGUGAAGUGGUUUGCUUGAGUAAUUGUUCUUGCACAGCUUAUGCUUAUAAUGGCAGCGUGUGUAUGAUGUGGGAAGGAGCUCUUUUGAACUUACAGCAACUCUCAUAUGACGGCGGACAACAUAUCUAUGUCAAAAUUGCCGCUUAUCAGCAUCAGAGUAACAAAUUGAAAGUAUGGGUGAUUAUAGCCGUGCUGGUCUCUGCAACAGGGCUUGUCUUAUGCCUCUCCUCCAUUUGUUUUUCAAGAAGGAGAAAGCUCAAACGCAAAGGAGAGGAUGCCUCAGGCAAUGAUCUACUGUUAUUUGAUUUCAAUACUGAACUUCAUGCAAUUAAUGAUGGAACAAACACUAAAGAGAAUCUGAAGAAAAUAGGGGAGAAGGAUGUUGAGUUGCCACUAUUCAGUUACGAGAGUGUAUCAGCUGCAACUAAUAAUUUCUCAGCUAUGAAUAAGCUUGGAGAAGAAGGUUUUGGACCUGUUUACAAGGGGAAAUUACUUAGGGGGCAGGAAAUUGCAGUAAAAAUGCUUUCAAAAAGAUCUGGACAAGGGCUCGAGGAGUUCAGAAAUGAGACAGUAUUGAUUGCAAAACUCCAACACAGAAAUCUUGUCAGACUCUUGGGUUGUUGUAUCGAGCGAGAUGAGAAGAUAUUAAUAUACGAAUACAUGGCCAAUAAAAGUUUGGAUUUCUACCUUUUUGGUAAAAAGAAGUUAGAUUGGGAUACACACAUACGCAUUAUUGAAGGAGUUGCUCAAGGGCUUCUUUAUCUUCAUCAACAUUCAAGACCACGAAUCAUACAUAGAGAUCUGAAACCUAGUAAUAUUCUCUUGGAUAGUGAAAUGAAUCCAAAAAUAUCAGAUUUUGGCUUGGCUCGAAUAGUUGGAGGCAAUGAAACACAAGCAAACACACAUCGAAUUGUCGGAACUUAUUACAUGUCUCCUGAAUAUGCUAUGGAGGGUCUAUACUCGAUAAAGUCUGAUGUCUUUAGCUUUGGAGUACUGCUACUCGAGAUCGUGAGUGGCAAAAAGAAUACUGGCUUCAACAAGAACAAGUCACUCAAUCUUCUUAUAUAUGCUUGGCAGUUGUGGAGAGAUGAUCGAAGUUUGGAGUUGAUGGAUUCGACAAUAGGGUGUCCUUCUUCCACUUCUAUUAUGUUGAGAUUCAUUAUCAUUGGCCUUCUUUGUGUUCAAGAAAGCCCCACGAAUCGACCUACUAUGCCAGACCUACUCUCAUUUAUUAGCAACGAACUUUCACCUCUACCUACACCCAAGCAACCUGCAUUUGCCACCAUCUAUAAUAUGAUCGACACAAAUUCAACAACUAGCGGGGAAGGGAGUUGCACAUUAAACAACAUCACUAUUUCAACAAUGGAAGCUCGAUGA